AUGGCUGCCGGCGUGAUCGCCCUUCUUCUCACAGGAGCCGUUGCACAGGCCCUUCCGGACGGCGCACCCACGUUGCCGCAACAGGCUCAGAUCAUCGACCAAUUGAGCCAGAAUGUGCUGGAAGAAGUCUUGCCUCCUUAUGAGGCCAAUGCAUCAACGGAAUUCUUGUGGCGUGGCGUCAAUUCUUCGUCGCUCAAAGAGAGACCAUUUCACAUCUACAGCACGGAGUUCUAUGAGGUGAUUGGCAAUGAUCCGUCGCUCACCCUCAUUGCGACCACGGAGUCCGACCCCAUCUUUCACGAGGCAGUCACUUGGAACCCAACAACUGAUGAAAUGUUCUUCGUCCAAAAUGCUGGAGACCCAGAUGCGGGCACCGGCUUGAAUAAGUCUUCUAUCAUUCAGAAGAUCUCCCUUCUGGAUGCUGAAGAACUGAGAAACGGGACUUUCGGUGCUACAGCGGUGCCAGUGCAUACAGUGCCAUCGACCCCACAAGUGAUCAACCCGAAUGGCGGCACCAACUACAAGGGUAACCUGGUCUUCGCGGGCUCAGGCCAAGGAGACCGUCUUGCAUCUGCGCUCUAUCUGAUGAAUCCUGUCGAACCAUACAACACUACAAUCCUGGUCAACAACUUCUUUGGAAGAGCUUUCAACUCACUGAACGACGUCGCUGUUAAUCCCCGUAACUUGAACGUUUACUUCACCGACACUCUUUAUGGAUACCUUCAGAACUUCCGGCCGGCGCCUGGCUUGCGGAACCAGGUUUAUCGACUCGAUCCCUCCACUGGUUCACUGUCAGUUGUUGCUGAUGGGUUUACUCUGCCAAACGGGAUCACGUUCUCUCCCAACGGCGAAUACGCAUACGUCACUGACACCGGCAUGGCUCAUGCAUUCUUUGGCGAGAAUUUGACGGAUCCUUCGACAAUCUAUCGGUAUAAUGUACAAGAGGAUGGCACCUGGGAGAACCGGAAGACGUUCGCCUACGUUAGUCCUGGAAUUCCGGACGGCAUUCACUGCGAUUCAAAGGGUAAUGUGUAUGCCGGCUGCGGGGAUGGCAUUCACGUGUGGAAUCCAUCUGGAAAGUUGAUUGGGAAGAUCUACUUUGGUUCCGGCGUCUCCAAUUUUCAAUUCGCCGGAGAUGGCCGGAUGGUCAUCAUGGGACGGACGAAGUUGUUUUACGCAACCCUUGGUGCUUCAGGAGCUCCCAUCUCGUAA